GUCCGUUAUACCUUGACAGAGCUGGAAAAUCCUUGGCGAGACAAUCUCGUCGAAGCAGCAAGAGAAACGUCGCGCAGAAUUUUGUCAUCGCGAUGAAAAUCGAUUCGCUGAUGGGAAAAAGAGGAGUCAUGUUUUCCAUUGUCCUUUUAUUGUUCCUUGGAACCUUGAACGCGAAACCUCUGGAAUAUGAAGACGUGGCGAAUCUGUUGCCUACGGAACCUCAAACGACGAACGAUACGUUAGCUGCCAUUGUGCAGGAUCCGGUGGUCCAGGAUGCUGUGCAGGACGCGGUCGGAAAUGGAUCCUUGCAAGGCUUGGUAGUAAAAAAGCAGGUCUUCGUUUUGCCCGCCGCUGAACCCACUAAGGUGGUGUCGCAACGCAAACAGAUUCUCGUUGUUCCCAUGAUACAUUUAGAAGAUGUGAAGAAAAAUAUAACAGAAACUGUAAAUGCGGGAACAGAUGUGGACGGCUUGGCAUUUACAGAUAAUCAAUCUUUUACCGAGGAUGCUGAAGACGAAUAUGAAAACUCAUCGAAGGAUGAAACUAAUCCGUUCUAUGCGUCCCAAAAUGAUUUCUACGGAGCGUUAAACGAAAUUUCUAAGACUACGCUGAAACCGAUAUUUCCUAUCGAUAAAGCGCCGCAAGAAAUUCCAUAUCUCAUCCCAAAUCCGACUGAGGAAAUAACACUUCCGGAACAUUUGUCGCCGGCGAUUUCGGUGCCGAUCAUAGCGUUUCUUGAUCCUGCAAAGAUCUCUGACAGGAUCGACGUGCCAAUCGCGACAACAUUGUCAAGAGAUGAUAACUUGAAGAAUCGAGUAGAGGACGAACGCGACGAAAUUCAACGGAGCGUUCAAGAUUACAUUGAUGGAAACUCGUGGAGCGUGAAUCCCAAUAAUUGGCAAUUCGCUUCUUCCCUGUCAAAGGGGCAAGUAUCUUCAUUGCCGACUACAAUGAAGACCCGAUACAUGAACGAAAAUCCGUUGCCAAUCGUAAUGCCUCGUUUUGACAUUGCAACACCACUCUUUUGGACCUCAGAUGCAGACACUAAUUAUCCGAAAAAUCCAAAUGACAUGGAUGUCGCUGCAGAUAUUGUCUUCAGACCGCUUUUUAGAUAUCGACAGGAGGCGCAGCAGAAAUUUUAUAGGAGAUCCGCUUAUCAAAGAUACAAUUCCUACGAUUCUUAUCCGAGACGCAACUAUAAUUACAGAUCUCGAUAUUCAAAUGAUGAUUAUUAUUAGCGUAUUAAUGACAAUAAAUAUUCUCGUUAUUUUAUGUAUAUUUUCUUACGAUAUUGACAGCAGAUAUACAUAUCGUUCAUCUUAGUUUUAAUUUUUAAAUCAAUUUCCUCAAGUAUGUAAAAAAACUUUAAUACGAUAAGAAUAAAAGAUAUUUGACAUUUCA